AUGGAGGCCGCCGUGGUGAGCUCCACCGAGGGCGUGGUGGGGAUCCUCCUGCGCAAGCUCGGUGGCUUCCUCUCCGACAAGUACGUCCUCCUCAGCGGCGUCCGCCACGAGAUCCAGGAGCUGAAGGACGACCUCGAGAGCAUGAACGCCUGCCUCCGUGACCUCGCCGCCGCCGGCGACGGCUACGACCAGACCGAGCAGACGAGGACGUGGAUGAAGCAAGUGAGGGAGGUGGCGUACGACGCCGAGGACUGCAUCGACGGAUUCUGGCGCCACAGCCGCCGCGGCCGCCAUUUCCGCGACGAGGGCCUCGUCGCCGGCUGGCUGCGGAGGACGGUGAUCCGGCCGCUGGAGACGCUGCGGGCGAUGCACAAGCUGGCCGUGGAGGUCCAGAUCCUCAAGGCCCGCGCGCUCAAGGUGAGCGAGCGGAGGCUGAGGUACAGGCUGGAGGCGCCGGCGCCGGCGCCGCCCAUUCCCAAGACCGUUGGCUCCUGCGCCGUCGACUCCUCCCCCGGCCGCUGGCGCUACGACGACGACCUCGACCGCCGGUUGCCGGCGCUCAACAUCGACGAGUCCCGCCUCGUGGGCGUCCGCAGCAAGACGAAGGCCAUCCUCAGUCUGCUGGAGGACGGCGGCGGCCACCCGGCCCGCCGGAAGGUGGUCUCCAUCGUCGGCUUCGGCGGCCUGGGCAAGACGACGCUGGCGGCGACGGUGUACAACAGCCCGACGGUGCAGGGGAUCCAGCACCGGGCGUUCGUGACGGUGUCCCGGAACUGCGACCUCCGCGCGCUGCUGGAAUCGUUGCUGAAGCAGCUCGUCCAGACGCCAUUGAUGAUGAGAGAUCCACGGAAAUGCGGCCAAGAAACAGCCGGCGGCGCCGGCGACCAUGACCCGCUCAGAGGAGUCGAAACCUGGGACAUACCACAGCUCAUCACGCAAUGCAGUUUUCAAUUGGACGGCAAAAGGUACUUCAUUGUUUUGGAUGACCUAUGGAAUCUAGCGGAUUGGGCAAAUCUGAAGGUGGCUUUUCCUGAUAAUGACAAGCAAAGUAGAAUACUUAUUACUACACGGGAUCGACAUGUUGCUGAAAAUUGCUGCUCUAGCCUCACCGACCAUGUUCAUGAAAUGGAGCCCUUACCUAUUCAGCAAUCCAGAAAGCUAUUUUUCAACAGAGUGUUUCAGUCAGACGAGUGCCCUCCACAGUACAAAAGCUUGGAGAAGAUCUCCGAGGAUAUCUUGAACAAAUGCAGUGGCUUGCCACUAGCCAUUGUCAGCAUUGGAGGAAUGCUAACUCGAAAGGAGAACAUGACACCGACAGAAUGGAGCAAGAUCUAUGCCAGAUUGGGCUAUGGGCUAGAAACAAAUGCUGAUCUCAAAGGGAUGAGGAGGAUACUCUCUCUGGGUUACCAUGAUCUGCCCUACCAUUUGAAGGCAUGCUUCUUGUAUCUGAGCAUUUUCCGUGAGGGCUACGAGAUCAAGAGAGGGCCCCUAGUGAGGCGAUGGGCGGCUGAGGGCUUCAUCGGUGGCACACGUGAAUGGAAUCCAGAAGAGGCUGCAGAGAAGUACCUUGAUGAGUUUGUCAGUAGAAGCAUUGUCACACCCACUCGAGUUGCUAGCAGCGGCGUGGUCAGGUGCUGCAAGGUCCAUGACAUAAUGCUGGAGGUGGUCACGGCCAAGUGCAUCCAGGAGAACUUCAUCUCCUUCUUUGGGAACAACCGGCAGCAUGAGGACAACCUGAUGGUGGCAUCAACAGUUGGGCAUGACAAGAUCCGACGGUUUUCGGUCCAUGGCACCGGCCAGAAACCCCAUGGCGGUGACAAGGUGCAGGAGCAUUCCAACGAUGAGAAGCCAUCGAGGAGGAAGAGGCAGCUGCGACAGGGUAACUACAAGGAAGAGUGGGGCAUAAACUUGUCGUUUGCUCGUUCUUUGCUGAUGCUUCAAUGCACUGUCAAACCAUUGCCGGCGAUUAGCUUCGCACGCUUGAAGCUCCUAAGGGUGCUGGACCUCGAAGGCUGUCGUUGGCUGAGCGAGCAAGAUCUGCAAGACAUCUACAGGUUGCCCCUUUUGAGAUACCUGAGCCUUAGAGACACCGGUGUUUCAUGGCUGCCGAAAUCAGUAGGGAGGCUGGAAGAACUGAUGACGCUAGACAUAAGGGAAACUCACAUUAGGGUGAUCCCGGAGGCCAUCACCCGGCUUGAAAACCUAAAGCAUCUUCUUGCUGGCAGGUAUAGGCACUACACAAGAACUCGUCGCGUGAAGAUCUUUGAACCGUUAGAAGCCAUGACUCUGCCCAGCGGUCUACGAAGGAUGAGGUCCCUUCAGACAAUUGCCCAUGUCGAUGUCGCAUCGAGCUUCCUUGUGAUGCAUGAGUUGUGUGAGCUACCAUGGCUGACCAAGCUAUGCGCUUUCAACUCCGACUACGGAGGUAACAAAUGGCACUGGUUUGCUAGCUCAUUGAGUAAGUUAAGCAACUCACUACGCCACCUUUCCAUCAUCCAUUGGCGUAAUGGUGACACUGGCCUCGAGGACUUCAUGGAGCUGAGCUCGCCACCCAUCUUCCUUGAGAAGUUCUACCUAUGGGGCAUGCUAAGUGCUCUACCACCAUGGAUCUCACAUCUUAGCAACUUGGUUGACCUUUCGCUCCGAGAGAAUUUCCUGUAUGAUGGGGAGAUGGUCAUGGAGCAGCUAGGGAGGCUUCCUAGCCUUCUUUCUCUCAAGCUAUACCAUCAGUCAUACAUGGGGAGAGAGCUCUACAUCAGAGAAAACCUAUUCCGCAGGCUCAAGCAGCUGAUCUUGGACAACUUGCCCAACCUUAGCAAGCUCAGCUUCCAAGGAGGUGCCCCCGAGCUUGAGAGGCUCACGUUGGCCUUUCUCAAAGAGCCUAUAGAUGGAAUCGUUGGCAUUGAUAAACUCCCGAGGCUCAAGGAGGUUGAAUUCUUUGGCCAUAUUAUUGUUGACUCUGUGGUGGAGGGGAUGGUAGCGGUGUGUAAGACACAUCCAAAUAAGCCAAGAGUUUACAGGGAUGAUCGCCCUAUGGAGGACUCUGAGUCAUCUAGCUGAUU